UUGCCUGAGCUCUGCAGCUCUUGUUUAUUACAAAUCCAGCUCCUCUCAGUGCUGCAGUGGGAGGAGCUGAGCCCAUUGCCAUCCAGGUAAGCACAGAGCCCACCACCACGGAUCCAAAACCUGGAAGUACAAAGGACAUAACCCAUUUCAGAUGGAGCGGCAGGAAAAAGGAGAAAAGUCAUACAUAGGCUUCCCUCAGCUUCAGUUCUCAGGCAUUCUCAUGGGCACCAACAUGCCAAAAUAUGUAUACAUAUUCCUUUUAUAAUGUAUACAUAUUACAAAAUAUGUAUACAUUAUUCCUUUUUCUAUUGAAUAGAACUAAUUCAAUAUCAAUAUACCAACACUGACACUGAUCUAUUUCUAAUAUGAAACCCAAAGCUUUGCAAGAGAGAAAGAAAUUUAAAAUAAAAAAUCCAAAUUUAGGAUUUUCUCACCAAAUGCACCACUCCCAUCUUUUAGGUCAAAGGGGAAAACGAAGACCCAUUCCAGAUGCAAUGUUGCCCUUCCCAAACAGUGUCCCAUUGCUACCUCUGGAUGUACUUCAAGUACAAGAAGAAAUGCACAUUUUGCGGCUGAGGAAACACCAACCAAUGACAUAAUAAUGAAAAACAUGGACUCACAGGGUUUCUAGAUGAUAUCAACUCCCACACCAUGGGGAUGGGUUUGUUCUUCUGUAGAAAGACUGCUCUGAAACGUCCUUCUCCCAGAGAGAACAGCAGCUUGGGUGGGCUUUGUCUUCCCCAGGAACAUGGAAAUAAAUCUGUCACAAAUACAACAACCCAAAAUAUCUCAGAGACAUUACCUGUGAGACUAAAACUUCAACAUUCACCUGCAAAAGCAAUGGCUGUGAUGAACAGAGCUGUGAAAAGCACUGCCAGCAUCACCUGGCAGGCGACACGUGCCUCCGGCUUCAUCUCCAUGCUGUGACCUGCAGGGGAACAGACCUUCAGUGCCUCUGCGAGGGCUCCCAGGCAGCAACACACUACAGGCCAUGCCAGGAUGAUCAAGGGUUGGUCUCAUGCCAAUGCCAGUGAACUUGGUGUCAUUUUGGGGAUUUUCCUGUGCCUCCUGAAGGGCAAUGAAGAAGGGGCUGCCUGCCCAGGGCCAGCUGCUCACCCACAGAACCAAGGGUUCCCCUCCAGCUCCACCCAGCAGCACUUCACCUUCUUUUCCAGUAUUUCCGGAAUUUUUUCUCAGCUAGGGAGACGGAUUGUCCAAAAAUGCUUUUUUUAGUGUGCAGUUGGAGGAAACACUGCUGGAGAUCACUCUGUUCCAGGAUGUCAGGGCACCCCAGAACAGCCUUUGGGGAUUCUACAAGGGAGAAGUACAGUUCCCUUCAGCCCAUUUUAUAAAGUAUUUUUACUAAAAAUAUAAAAAAAUAAGUGUUCUUGCAAUUAAGCUACCCAGAUGCAGGGUUUUACCCUAAAACCUAAUUUAUUUUGUAUUUUUAGGGGGUUUUUGUAAUCAUUGUUCACACACCACUGCAGCAGCUGCCUUUGCAGAGGGCAGGAAGGCUGGCUGAUAGCAGCUCACCACAAAAAUUUUCUGUGAUAAAGAAAAGGCUUUGGGGGGAAAAGAAACCAAAAAUAAACAUGAGACAAUAAACAACAUAAAAAUAAAAAGUAUAUAAACACAAAUUUAAAAUAAAAAUAUUUUUAAAAAUUUAACUAAAAAUUUAAAAAUAAUUUCAAAAUAAAAUAACGCAGUGCUUUUCCUACUGGGACCUUUGGGUUUAUCCUCUUAUUUACCCUAUUUCUGGCUGCUGGUAGGUAUUGGGACAAAUUUCUGCAUUUGUGAAAAGGUGUUGCACUGGGAUAUUGUGGCGCUGACUAAAACCUGGAAUUAACACCAAAAAACCCUAAGAAAAGGCAGGGAAAAAGGUUACUGUAGGCUGGAAAUUGGUGGUUGUUCCAUGCAAUAGUCAAAGAGUCCCAAACCUGGAGGAAACAGGUCUAGAUGGUGUAAAAGGAUACAUCAGGAGUGGGAGGAUGGGCUUGCAGGUGAAAAAGACAAAAUAAAAUAAAGUAACAAAAUAAAAUUCAUUAGCAGCCAGCAGGAAAUCCAGAUUCUUACCUCAUCCUGGGCAGGAGCUGGGCAACUCUUGACCACAUUGGAUCUCUUUGCCCCAGGAUAAAACAGAGGCCAAAUAUUUUAUCAAAACCAGCAGAAUAAGUCACAUGGAGCAAAAGGCAUUUCAAGUCACUCCCAGCCCAUAUUUUGGGGAAGAAACACCAAAUGUCACCUGUCUCCUCCCCACCUGCCUGUGGUCACACUGAUCCACCUCCUCACAGCAAAAAAUCCUUAUUUAAAGGCUUUUUGAAAUGAUUAUUUAUUAAUUCUGAUUUCACAGAUGUUUAACACAACCAUCAAACUCACACCACCUCCAGGUGUGCCGCCUCUUCCUGGCUGCAGGACACCUGUUCCCUCACCAACUUCCAUUUACAAGGGAAGGGUGUGGAAUACAUACAUACAUAGAUAUGUAUACAUAUAUGUAUGUACAUAUGUACAAACUAAAAAGUAGAUAAAAGCCCCAGCCAAUACCACUUCCUGGAGCCAGAUGCAGAUGUGAGCGCACAGCUCACAAGGCAAGGGGUUGUCCGAGGAUGGUGUCACUUUUGGGCUGCUUCUGGGACCUUCUGAGCAACCAUGGCUGGGGAAACAGUUUAUGCUGAUUUAAGGCAUCUUAGGGACAGUUCUUCUGCUGAGAAGCAUUGUGCACCCGCCUUCUGUCCAUGGUGGCACAGGCUCCUUCUCAUAGCCAGAGGGCUGGGGCAACUCAUCUUGCUCGUCCUGGUGGUGGUGCUGAGUGUGUGGGUUUUUCAGGGCUCCCCACAGCCAGUGGUGACAAGCGUUCCCCAGCUAGGCAGUGGGAUCCAGGGAAGGAACCAGGUGGAGCAGUGCAUGUUUUCAUCCCUGGUUCGGUAUUUCUGCAAGCCCCGAAGGGACAGCCCCAGAGCCUAUGCUGGCUGCAAGCUGUGUCCCCAGGACUGGCAGCUCCGUGGAGAAAGAUGCUACUGGCUUUCUGAGGAAUUGGGAAACUGGACUCCAGGCAUGAAAAGCUGUGAGAACCAGGACUCCCAGCUAGUGGUGCUCCAGGAGAAGAAAGAAAAGGAGCACAUCAAGACCGUUACAGGCAAGAGCCCAUCACCAGUGUGGAUUGGAUUAAGGUCGCAUCAGAAGGUGUGGAGAUGGGUAGACAACACACCUUUCAACCCCAAAAUGCUUGGCACCUCUCUGCACGAGAUGGAUGAAGGGUGUGGGACACUGAGAGCCAAGGACUUUGAAGUUAAUAGAUGUGAUGCUGAACACAAUAAAACUAGAGGAAUCCCAAGCCCCAGAAAACAGAGGAAAGUUUGGAACAUGCCUGGCCCUCCACAAAAGGAAAACCAGAUUAAAAGAUCUCACUACUUUUGUCUGAAUUCCAAGACUGGGAGCUGGUCGAGUGCAGAUGAUGGAGGAAGCAAGCGAUCCUGGUUACUUUCACAAGAUAAAACAUGCUAUAUGUUUUAUACCAUAAAUCAUACGUGGGACUCUGCAUAUGCAGAUGAAGAAGCAAAGGUACCCCAGAUUACCAUGACCAGACAUGAUGUGCCUGGGAUUGUACAUACUUGGAUGAGGUAGAUGAAUUGUCCUGAGUUACCAUAGCAAGGUCUUGUCAAGCCCUAUACCACACUUGUCAUUAGUUCUUUUUUUCCUUCAGAAGCCUAUUAAAUGUGUUCUGAGUAAAGGAGGUCAGUGCUGCUCCAUACAGGUGGCACAGCCAGACAAAGAAAAUACUUUCAUAAGCUCCCAGCACAGGAGGCAAGCUAUAUGGCACACUGUCAAGUAUCUGGCUGAGAAACUAUAGCAGGGGUUUGCCUCCCUGAGGUGUAACACUAAGAUGGCCACAAUGGAUAUUCUGCUAUAAAAGCUGCUGCUGCCUUCACUUGAACAGGUUCUGUGUCUUUACAGAAGUGGGAACAUGUUCACUUCUAACCAGAGGAAAAACAAACCCUGCAAACCAUGCUACAAAGCUGACAAUUUUUUGGUAGAAGUUAAUAAUGUUUGAUCAUAUUCAAAGUUUCAUCUUUUUAAGUCACACUGCUUUUCUGCCUUUCUAAUGGAUUCCAGCUUUACAACAACCAAGAAAAACUUUUGUGAGCUUUUGACACUCUGAAAAGAAGGCAAUACUAAGUUUUGCCAUAUGAAGUCUGACUUCUGCUGUCAGAAGAACAGGUUCCUCUUGUGAGGAAUGCACUUUGCUUUUGUCAGUAUCUUUUAAAUUUAAAAAGGUGAAAGAAGAUAGUAUACCCCACAGUACAAUAAGUAAACCAAAUCUCAAAGCUGCAUAUUUUUGCAGAGCCAAACAACAACAAGAAUGAAAACAGAUGACAUUUGAUGGAUGAAGGAUAUGUCAGUAGUAUGCAGAAUAAAGAACAGAUAUUCUAACGGGCCAGAAUAUGCUGAUGAUAUUAUUAAAUCCUUUGGCAUUACUUAGAAGAGUCUCAUCCCUUUUAGAGGUAUUAUUGAUCAGUCUUUUCUGUCCUGACACACAGAAAAAAUAUGCUAUGCCCAGGGGACAAACAAGCUGUAUACACUACACCUAGUUAUCUGACAGCAUGAUACCCACAAAGCUUGCAUGAAAGUAAUCAUACAAGAAAAUGAGCACUCUCUGUACUAAGCCAGAUCACCCUCUUCCCCCCCUCUCCCGCCUUGUUUAGGUUUUUAUAUAGAGAUAAUAACAGAUUAUCUCAAUUUAGUUUUUGCAUCCCUCUCCAUUAUCACUGAUGUUUUUGAACCAGGAAUAAUGUCACAAAUUACCCUUUAAUAUAUCAGCAACUCUUCAAAGCAUAAAGCAAAACAGAAAGGGAAAGAUGAUUAUC